AGGCAGCGGAAGAUGGGCGCUCAGGAGCGGGCCGUCUGAGGAAACCCCCCUCCCCUCCGUCUCCCCCCACCGCCGGCGUCCCGCCAACAUGCAGAAAGGGAUGCGACUCAACGACGCGCACGUCACCUACCUGGCUCUGCUGGCGAAGAAGGACGGCGCUCGGCGCGGCUCCCUCAGCAAGAAGAGCUCCGACAACACCAAGUGGCACAGCAAGUGGUUCGCCUUGCUGCAGAACAUGCUCUUUUACUUCGACAACGACUCCAGCUCGCGCCCCUCCGGCCUCUACCUGUUGGAGGGCAGCGUUUGCGACCGAGCCCCGUCACCCAAGCCGCCUCAGUCGGUGAAGGAAGGUCUGGAGAAGCAGUACUACUUCACCGUCACAUUCAGUCAUGACAACCAGAAGGCGCUGGAGCUGCGUACAGAGGAUGUCAAGGACUGUGACGAGUGGGUGGCUGCCAUCACACAAGCCAGCUACAGGAACCUGGCAACUGAGCACGAGUCCCUCAUGCAGAAGUACCUCCAUCUUCUGCAAAUCGUGGAGACGGAGAAAACGGUGGCAAAACAGCUGAGGCAACAGAUCGAGGACGGAGAAAUCGAAAUCGAGCGGCUCAAAUCAGAGAUUGGCGGUCUGCUCAAAGACAACGAGAAGAUCCAGUCCAACCCAGAGGUGCCGCCCAGUGACGACGACACGGAGAUCAAGAAGAUCAAAAAGGUUCAGAGUUUCCUGCGGGGCUGGAUCUGUCGCAGGAAGUGGAAGACCAUCAUCCAGGACUACAUCCGCUCGCCUCAUGCCGAGAGCAUGCGCAAGCGGAACCAGGUGGUGUUCAGCAUGCUGGAGGCCGAGGCCGAGUACGUGCAGCAGCUCCACAUCCUGGUCAACAACUUCCUGCGGCCGCUGCGAAUGGCCGCCAGCUCCAAGAAGCCGCCCAUCACCCAUGACGACGUGAGCAGCAUCUUCCUGAACAGUGAGACCAUCAUGUUCCUGCACCAGAUCUUCUACCAGGGGCUGAAGGCCCGGAUAGCCAGCUGGCCCACUCUGGUGCUAGCGGACCUGUUCGACAUCCUGCUGCCCAUGUUGAACAUCUACCAGGAGUUUGUGAGGAACCACCAGUACAGCCUGCAGAUCUUGGCCCACUGCAAGCAGAACCGGGACUUUGACAAGCUGCUGAAGCAGUACGAAGCGAAGCCGGACUGCGAGGAGCGCACGCUGGAGACCUUCCUCACCUACCCCAUGUUCCAGAUUCCUCGCUACAUCCUGACUCUGCACGAGCUGCUGGCUCACACUCCGCACGAGCACGUGGAGAGGAACAGUCUGGACUAUGCCAAAUCUAAACUGGAGGAGCUGUCCAGAAUCAUGCACGAUGAGGUGAGCGAGACGGAGAACAUCAGGAAGAACCUGGCGAUCGAGCGGAUGAUCGUGGAGGGCUGUGAGGUGCUGCUGGACACCAGCCAGACCUUUGUCAGACAAGGCUCGCUGAUCCAAGUUCCAAUGAGUGAGAAGGGGAAGAUCACGAGAGGUCGACUGGGUUCCUUGUCUCUGAAGAAGGAGGGCGAGAGACAGUGCUUCCUCUUCUCCAAGCACCUGAUCAUCUGCACCCGAGGCUCGGGAGGGAAACUCCACAUUACAAAGAAUGGAGUGGUCUCGCUCAUCGACUGCACACUGAUGGAGGACGCCGAUGGAACCGACGAUGAGUCCAAGGAGCGCAGCGGGCAGGACACCGAGCACCUGGACUUCAAGCUCAUGGUGGAGCCUAAAGACGUCCAGCCCUUCACCGUCAUCCUGGUGGCCUCGUCCCGACAAGAGAAGUCGGCCUGGACCAGCGACAUCAGCCAGUGCGUGGACAACAUCCGCUGCAACGGCCUGAUGAUGAACGCCUUCGAGGAGAACAGCAAAGUCACGGUGCCGCAGAUGAUCAAGUCCGACGCCAGCUUGUACUGCGACGACGUGGACAUCCGCUUCAGCAAGAUGAUGAACUCCUGCAAGGUGCUGCAGAUCCGCUAUGCCAGCGUGGAGCGGCUGCUGGAGCGGCUGACCGACCUGCGCUUCCUCUCCAUUGACUUCCUCAACACCUUCCUGCACUCCUACCGCGUCUUCACCAGCGCUGCCGUGGUGCUGGACAAGCUCAUCACCAUCUACAAGAAGCCCAUCAGUGCCAUCCCGGCGCGUUCUCUGGAGCUCUUCUUUGCGAGCAGCCAGAACAACAAACUCCUGUACGGCGAGCCGCCCACGUCGCCGCGAGCCAGCCGCAAGUUCUCCUCCCCUCCUCCUCUCUCCAUCAUCAAGACGUCCUCGCCCAACCGCCGCCGCAAGCUUUCCCUCAACAUCCCCAUCAUCACCGGGGGCAAGGCCCUGGACCUGGCUGCGCUCAGCUGCUCUCCCAAUGGCUACACCAGCAUGCACCCCACCAUGUCUCCCUUCAGUAAGACCACCCUGGACGUCAACAAGCUCUACGUGUCCGGCACCAUGGCCGGCAAAAUCCCCGACGAGGCUGAGAGCAGAGCUGAGGAGUCGCUCCUCGUCAAGCAAGAUCUGUCGGUGAGAGAGGAGUGUGACGAGGAGCCGGCUCAAAGCGACGAAGCAGAAGUGGAAAUGUCUCCUCCGAAAUCCCCUUCCACGCCUAAGACUGCCAGAUCCAGGAGCUCAUGCUCAGAGUUCUCACUGUUUUCCUUCAACAACAGUAUGGUGGCGUCGUCCUGCCGGGAGCUCGACAGCAACCGCAGCGCCCUCUCCGCCGCCUCAGCCUUCGCCAUCGCCACCGCCGGGGCCAACGAGGGCACGCCCACCAAGGAGAAGUACCGGCGGAUGUCUCUGGCCAGCUCAGGUUUCCCGACCGACACGAGGAACGGAGACAAAGAGUUUGUCAUCAGGCGAGCGGCCACCAACAGAGUGCUGAACGUGCUGCGACACUGGGUGUCCAAACACUCCCAGGACUUUGAGCUGAACUCAGAGCUGAAGCUGCAGGUGAUCGGCUUCCUGGAGGAGGUGAUGCACGACCCCGAGCUCCUCACGCAGGAACGGAAGGCAGCCGCCAACAUUACCAGGACGCUGAUGCAGGAGGAUCCUGGAGACAACCAGCUGACUCUGGAGGAGAUCACGCUGAUGGUGCUGGAGGAGAGCAAGACGGAACCUUUCGAGAGCCACUCGGCGCUGGAGAUCGCAGAGCAGCUCACUCUACUGGACCACCUGGUCUUCAAGGUCAUCCCGUACGAGGAGUUCUUCGGCCAGAGCUGGAUGAAGAACGACAAGAACGAGAGGACGCCCUACAUCAUGAAGACCACCAAACAUUUCAACGACAUCAGCAACAGGAUCGCCUCAGAGAUCCUGCAGUGGGACGACGUCAACACGCGCGUGUCCGUCCUGGAGAAGUGGGUGGCGGUGGCCGACAUCUGCCGCUGCCUCCACAACUACAACGCCGUGCUGGAGAUCACCUCCUCGCUCAACCGCAGCUCCAUCUUCCGCCUCAAGAGGACCUGGCUCAAAGUCUCCAAGCAGACGAAGACUGUGAUCGACAAGCUGCAGAAGUUGGUGUCCUCAGAGGGACGAUUCAAGAACCUAAGAGAGGCGCUGAAGAAUUGCGACCCGCCCUGCGUCCCCUAUCUGGGCAUGUACCUGACCGACUUGGCCUUCAUCGAGGAGGGAACGCCCAACUACACCGAGGACAACCUGGUCAACUUCUCUAAGAUGAGGAUGAUCUCUCACAUCAUCCGAGAGAUCCGGCAGUUCCAGCAGACGGCCUACAAGAUCGACCUGCAACCCAAGGUGGCGAGGUAUCUGCUGGACGGCAGCACCGUGCUGGACGAGGAGAGGCUGUACGAGGCCUCGCUAAGAAUCGAACCCAAGACCUCGUCGUGAAGAGGAAACCUCCGUCCAGCGCUGCAUGAAGCGUACAGCAGCACUGUCACAUGAUGUACAUAGACACUCCUCCGUGUUAGACGCGCCCUUUUAGUUGUGCUUCACAAUGUUGUGUCCACUUGUCAGAGACCCAAGAGAUUUGUUUAAAAAACACUUUAUUACGGAGAUAUUUUCCAGAGCAGAGUUUGUGAAGUCUGCCUCCAGAGAAGAGACCUGCGUGAGAUGCGUUCAGGAAGUGAAGCUCCAGACGUGUGCUGGAGGCCGCGCCCAGCUAAGGCUCCGCCCACUCUCCUUCUGCACUUGUCCAAUUCCUGCCAGGUGAAAAACAACACCAGAAAGGUUGGGGAAAAAAGAGUGACUGUGAGGGUACAAGGUUUAACGUUCUGAUUGUUCAUUUUUUUCUUUUUUUCCUGAAUUUUGUUUUUUUCUUAUCUAUUUUUUGGAUUGAUUACAUUUUUGCCAAAGGUCUGUUUUGUUCUUUUGGUAUCAAGGAGAAUUUUGGUUUUGCUUUUUUCACCUGACAGGCUUAGGUUUAUUCAUUAUAUUAUAUAUAAUAUACAUUCAUAUUAGUAUUUCUAUCGCCAUUUAUUGUUUUUGUUGCCACUUUUUAAGUAACAGAAAUUUUGUUUUUGUACGUUAAACUUAAAAAUGGUUUUCAGGCCAUUUAGGUGGAUUAUUAAUUUAAUUUAAUUUAAUUUUUACCUAGUGGUGAAAGAAUCUGUUCUGACAGCUGAAUGCAGUGACCAGUGCCAACAGCCUGUGCUCUGCCGUCACUGAGGCGGGGAGCCCCCCCCCACAAACCUGCCUGUUUUUAAUGAGAUCCUAGUGACCUUUUGUAACCUCAAACACGACAGUGACCGACUCAACAGAAGGAGAUGUAGCUCCCCGGUGGGUGACGGGUGUAAAUACAGUGUAUGUAGCAGCGUUUGGAGCCGCAUGAGGAGGAUUCAGCUCCAGCUUCUAGAGCCCCUCACAGGUGUUCAGAGUUCCAGCUAACAGGAUGUCCUCAGAGAAUCUCCAGCUGCCGGACGCUGCCCACCUGACAGUUGUGUAACCUCUUCAGCGACUUGAGUAGUAUUUCCAGUUUUGUACGCCGUUGUACUCUUUCCUGACCACCUCUUGUUAAUAAAUCUAUCUUUCUCAGGGGAGGUGUUUUUC